AUGAAUAGUAUAUCUGGGAAUAGUGAUGGUCAAUUGUCAACACAUCAAUACUCUGAGGGAAAGGAACUUAUUGCAGAUUCUAGUGCUACACACCAUAUAGCUGCAUGUAGUUUGGAUAUAAUAUUAAAUGGCAUUAAUGUAGAUGCCUCAUUAAGGGAUAAGGAUCUAUGCAAUAGUUGGAUGAAGGAGAUUGAUAAGGAGUUAGCUGGUCUAUACAUUUUCAGUUCCGAGGAUGACAAGAAUAAGUUUCAGAAGCAUAUUAUGAAAUCAAUUUUGCUUAAUGUUAAAACAAUAAGAUCAGAUAAUGGCACUGAAUUCUUCAAUUCACAGUGCACUAAGCUAUUUGAGGACUUGGGAAUUAUACAUCAAAGCAUUUAUGUGCAUACUCCACAACAGAAUGGCAUUGCGGAAAGAAAGCAUAUGCAUAUACUGGAUGUGGCUAGGGCCUUGAGAUUUCAAGACAACUUACCCAUCAGAUACUGGGGAGUAUGUGUACAAGCUGCAGUCUACCUAUUGAACAGACUAGCUUCUACUGCUACACAAGGAAAGAUGAUUCCCAAAGAUGACAAAUUUGCUAAAAGAGCCAAAGCCUGUGUGUUUAUGGACUAUUACAGCACACAAAAGGAACUUAAGGUAUUUUCUAAUACACAGAUUCCUAUUGUUGUUCCCACUCAACCAAUUGCAGAAGCUACAUUACCAUUUGUAGAUCAACAUGCUAGUAACACAGUUGAUGCUGAUGCGGUUGAAGAUCCCCUUCAUGAUUCUCAUGCUGAAGCCAACAGUCAUGGAGAAUCUCAUGAUGUUCCAAUGAACAACUUGCCAAACAUAGGUGUUGGGAAAACUUCACAUACAUAUUCAGGAUAUUUUGUAGAAGAAGAAGCAGGCACUUCCUCAGCUUUAGAAAACCCUUCCAUACUCAGAAAAUCAAAGAGGCAAUGUUUUGUUCAAAGCACUCAUGAUUACUCUCUAUUCACCUUGAAGAAACAGGAAGACAUAGUGAUUAUCCUUGUCUAUGUUGAUGACUUGCUGAUCACUGGCAGUAAUAUACAGCUAACCACUGAAGCCAAACAAGUCUUGCGUCAUCAGUUCAAGAUGAAGGACUUAGGGGAUCUAAAGUGCUUAGAUGUAAAUCUGGCAUAA